CUAGAUUUGUUUGGUAAAUGUCAAAUUCUGAUGGGAAUUUGUUGAAAUUUAAAAGCCGAAAUGGAAUGAAUUCAAUAAUAUCGGUGAACAUGUAAAUAAAUCCCCGAAACCUCGAACAUUUCAGGAAAAAAUGUCCGGUUACAAAAGGGUCAACUAUUAUGAGCUCUGUAGAUUAUGCGCCACUAAUCAACAGAAAGAAAAAACUCAUAUAUUUCAAGAGGAAGGAAGAAAAAUACAACUCUUGAGUAAAAUACAAUCAUGUCUUUCCCUUACAGUUUAUGAACACGAUUUUCUUCCAAAAGUGGUGUGUUCUAAAUGUUUGAAAUCCCUUGAAUCAUACUAUUCAUUCAGACAGGAAUGUGUAUCUUCAGAAACGAUGCUUUCAAGUUAUUUCAAGAAUUUUCGAUACACUGAGGAUUUCAAAAAGUCUGGAAAGGUGUAUAUCAAAGAAACCACUGCUAGGAACAGCGAUGAACAGGAGGUUAUAGAUAUUAUAACGACUUCAAAUCAAGUAGUUACUAGUUCUCAGCCAAUACAAGUGGCAGCACCAUCACAAAGUCAUCAAAAUGCCUCAUUAUUACCAAAUUAUGUUACUAUAACCGGAGCACUGAAUGAAACACCUAAACAAAAUCAGCAUCAAAACCAAUCACAACUUGAACAGGUGCAAUCCUAUUACACUGUUCAGUUACCUCAGGCUGCUAUCGUUACUAAUCAGCCCAGCGUGGACCAGAAAUCUCAACUAAAAACGUCUGAAUUACCAAACAAAAUCAUCCAACACUCUCAGAUUGCAUACAAUUUGAAUACAGUCAAUUUGACAACGCCUUCCAUGAAACCUCAACAAAAACCACAAGAAACCAUCAAUAACGUGGUUGUUAAUGCGAACGGUGAAGUGAUAAAUAUAAGUCAACUUGUGGAUUUCGAAACAAUAAUGAAUCAAGCUCCAACGCAAAAAAUAAUUAAAACCAAUAAUAAUAACAACACUUUCAAGCAGAAACGUGUCAAGGAAACAAAAUUAUCCGACGACCCUGUCAUCAAGAUCGAUUUAACCGAUAACGAGAAUAAAAACACUUUUGAAACUAACCCUGAUAAACUUCCCCAUAUCAAAAGUACCCAAAAUCACCAAAAGUUCACUUACAACAACACCAAAUUGGAUGAUAAAGUCACUGUCAACGUAAACCCAACCGUAAUUUUCAAUGCCGUUCAGGAUUAUCAAGUUCCUAUCCCUCAUUUCGUGCCAUUCCAUCAGAAUUCCGGUAAUAUCAGCUACUCGAAUCAGUCGGCAACCCCAGUUAAUAUAGCAACGUCCACUGUUUGUAGUUCGACCAACAACGAACACUCAACGGUCAACCUGAACGCCUUGAACGGAGAUAUGGGGGGUGGAACUUACCGAAGCCCCACCCAGUUCACCUCCCCGGUUGUCAAAUCCGAGAUGGCGAAGAGCGACAACGUUGUCAGCUCUUUCAAGAGUUCUUCCAAUGUCGAAAAGUUACACGUUUGCGAUAUUUGCCAUAAGAGUUUCAAACGGAGAGAACACCUGUACCAACAUAUCAAGUUACACACCGGUUUCAGACCUUACACUUGCGAGCAUUGCAGCAAGUCGUUCAUGAGGAAGGAGCACCUCUUGAGGCACAUGACUUCGCACAGCGGUCAGAAAAAUUACACCUGUAACAUCUGCGAGAAGUCCUUCUCGAGGAACGACAACCUGUUGAAGCACAAGAAGACCCACGAGAAACAGAACAGUUUCACCUGUGAAGUGUGUCAGAAACAGUUUGUGAUGAAACAUUACUAUCUGGCCCAUAAGGUCACCCACGAGGUUGUCGAUCGUUGUAUCAGUCAGACCCUUGGGAUUCUGAAGGCCUAGUAGAUAAAUUGAAAGUUAGGGGUGAAUGUUGUGAGGGCAGGUCCAAUUUUGG